CGUGUGUGAGGAGGUUGUCUCGCCCCCCUCCUCUCGUCCUCACCACCCCAAUCUAUCCCCUAUACACUCGGCGAGGUCCUACACUGGUUGUCACAUAGUCUUUACUACGGGUUGAAAUGUGACUCUCACAACACGGGUUUACCGACUGGAAUGCACCGCUCUGUGACAACUGAAGGGAUUUUUUUGUGCGCGCAAAUCCUGCGUGGUUCUCAGUGGAUAUAGGCUGUGUGGACUAUACAUUCCUGCCAUGACUGUGGAUUUGUUUGCGGUUUUAUGGGUCAUCAUCACCACCACGGUUUCUGCGAUGGAAGAAACAUUGAUGGACACACGGGUGGCUACGGCUGAGCUAGGCUGGACGGCCUACCCUGCGUCUGGGUGGGAGGAGGUGAGCGGCUACGACGAGAACCUCAACACCAUACGGACCUACCAGGUGUGCAACGUGUUCGAGCCCAGCCAGAACAACUGGCUCCUCACCACCUUCAUCGACCGACGUGGAGCUCAGAGGAUCUACGUGGAGAUGCGCUUCACCGUGCGUGACUGCAGCUCCAUCCCCAAUGUCCCCGGCUCCUGCAAGGAGACCUUCAACCUUUACUACUACGAGACGGACUCGGUUAUCGCCACCAAAGGAACCGCCUUCUGGAUGGAAGCCCCCUACCUAAAGGUUGACACUAUCGCGGCUGAUGAGAGCUUCUCCCAGGUGGACUUCGGCGGACGGUUGAUGAAGGUCAACACGGAGGUUCGGAGCUUUGGCCCUUUGUCGAAGAACGGGUUCUACCUGGCGUUUCAGGACUAUGGUGCCUGUAUGUCGCUGCUCUCGGUCAGAGUGUUUUAUAAGAAGUGCCCAAGUGUGGUGCAGAACUUUGCCAUCUUCCCUGAGACCAUGACAGGGGCUGAGAGCACCUCCCUGGUCAUCGCUAGAGGAAUCUGCAUCCCGAAUUCAGAGGAGGUGGACGUGCCCAUAAAGCUGUACUGCAAUGGAGAUGGCGAGUGGAUGGUUCCUAUCGGGAGCUGCACCUGCAAGGCCGGGUUCGAGACUGAUAACGGGAACGUCUGCCGAGCCUGCCCCCCAGGGACAUUCAAGUCAACCCAGGGUCCAGGCCUGUGUCUGCAGUGCCCCUCCAACAGCCGCUCUGCAACCGAGGCCGCCACUAUCUGUAUCUGCCGCAAUGGUUACUACCGCGGUGACAUGGACCAGCCUGACAUGCCCUGCACCAGCGUUCCCUCGGGCCCGCGGAACGUGAUAUCCGUUGUGAACGAGACCUCAGUGAUCCUGGAGUGGCACUCGCCUAGGGAGACAGGCGGUCGUGAGGACGUGGUCUACAACAUUGUUUGUAAGAAGUGCCGGGCGGACCGCCGUACCUGUUCACACUGUGACGACAACGUGGAGUUUGUUCCGCGGCAGCUGGGCCUGACGGAAACCAGAGUGUUCAUCAGUAACCUGUGGGCCCACACGCUCUACAGCUUCGAGAUACAGGCCGUCAACGGGGUGACCAAUAAGAGCCCCUACCCUGCCCAGCACGUGUCUAUAGACAUCACCACCAACCAGGCUGCCCCCUCCAUCGUACCCAUCAUGCACCAGGUGAGCUCCACCAUGAAGAGCUUCACAUUGUCAUGGCCACAGCCUGAACAGCCCAACGGAAUCAUCCUGGACUACGAGCUACGCUUCUACGAGAAGGACCAUUCAGAGAUCAACUCCACCGUGGUGCGCAGCGAGACCAACACAGCCAGGGUGGAGGGCCUCCGGGCGGGCAUGGUCUAUGUCGUGCAGGUGCGGGCCAGGACCGUGGCUGGCUUUGGCAAAUACAGCGGCAAGAUGUGCUUCCAAACCCUCACAGAUGAUGACUAUAAGUCAGAGUUGAGAGAGCAGCUUCCUCUAAUCGCAGGGUCAGCUGCAGCAGGAGUGGUGUUCAUCGUCUCUCUAGUGGCCAUCUCCAUCGUCUGCAGCAGGAAACGGGUGUACACCAAGGAAGCGGUGUACAGUGACAAGUUACAGCAUUACAGCACAGGAAGAGAGCUCUCCCUGAGAGCCGACAUGUCUAACUGCACCUCCCCACUGGGCUGCCCGACCCACUUCUCAGGCUCUCCGGGGAUGAAGAUCUACAUCGACCCCUUUACCUACGAGGACCCCAACGAGGCCGUCCGGGAGUUCGCCAAGGAGAUCGAUGUGUCCACCGUCAAGAUCGAAGAGGUCAUUGGUGCAGGUGAGUUUGGUGAGGUGUACAAGGGACGUCUGAAGCUCCCAGGCAAGAGGGAGAUCUACGUGGCCAUUAAGACCCUGAAGGCAGGAUACGUUGAGAAGCAGAGGCGGGACUUCCUGUCCGAGGCGUCAAUCAUGGGACAGUUUGACCACCCCAACAUCAUCAGACUUGAGGGCGUGGUCACCAAGAGUCGGCCAGUCAUGAUCGUCACAGAGUUUAUGGAGAACGGGGCCCUUGAUUCCUUCCUGAGGCAAAACGACGGUCAGUUCACCGUGAUCCAGCUGGUGGGCAUGAUGAGGGGCAUCGCGGCGGGCAUGAAGUACCUCUCUGAGAUGAACUACGUCCAUAGAGACCUGGCCGCCCGCAACAUCCUAGUAAACAGCAACCUGGUUUGCAAAGUGUCUGACUUCGGGCUGUCGCGCUACCUCCAGGACGAUACCUCUGAUCCCUCCUACACCAGCUCUCUGGGGGGUAAGAUCCCAGUGAGGUGGACAGCUCCAGAGGCCAUCGCCUACCGGAAGUUCACCUCAGCCAGUGACGUGUGGAGCUACGGCAUCGUCAUGUGGGAGGUGAUGUCAUUUGGAGAGAGGCCCUACUGGGACAUGUCCAACCAGGAUGUGAUCAAUGCCAUAGAGCAGGACUACCGGCUGCCCCCUCCCAUGGACUGCCCCUCAGCUCUGCACCAGCUCAUGCUGGACUGCUGGCAGAAGGACCGUAACGCGCGGCCACGCUUCGCUGACAUCGUCAACACCCUGGACAAGAUGAUCCGUAACCCAGCCAGUCUGAAACAAGUGGCCAGCAUCCCGGCAGUGCCUUCCCAGACCCUGUUGGAUCAUUCUAUCCCAGACUUCAACACCUUCAGUUCAGUGGGAGAGUGGCUGGGAGCCAUCAAGAUGACCCAGUACAGAGAUAACUUCCUCAACUCUGGCUUCACCUCCCUGCAACUGGUGGCACAGAUUACAUCCGAAGACCUCCUGAGGAUAGGUGUCACCCUGGGGGGCCACCAGAAGAAGAUCCUCAGUAAUGUCACCUCCAUGCGGGUGCAGAUGAGCCAGUGCCAGUCGCCCACUGCCGUGGCAUGACUGGAGGGGGCGCCAUGCCACGGGGCGGGCAGCAUUCGGGUUGGCAGGGACUACAGCAGAAAGGACUACACCCCUCACCGAAUGACCCCCGACCCGUCGGAACGCGCCAGGGUCGAGACUAUCAUUCUCAUCUAAUCCCAUCGAACAUAUAAUCAAACAUCAUUACCCAGGAGGCCAGGGUCCAGACGAAGACUAACUAUCAACUUCCACUAAGCUGAGUUAUUCUGAGUUAUGAUGUAGAGUUCAAUGUGUUCAGAGGCUGUUUUAUUUUCAAUCUUAAUCUGUGAGGUCUACAUAAUAGAAUAUGUUGGUACUGACACAGAGAUUGAGUCUUUGGGAAUAUCAGAUGUAUGUCUUGACUGGAUGAUGUUAGACUGGAGAGGAGGAAAUGGAAGACAUUUUGAAGAGGAAGAUCAUUGGUGAAUCUCAACACCCCCCCCUUACCAACUCGUUCAGAGGGCCCUCCGUUGUCACGUGUUGGUGACGAAGCUCAGAGGUUGACUUCCAGAGAGUGGCGAGGGGAUGAAUACAUCAGUCAUCAGUCAACUUUUGGAACACACUCAUGGCAAUUCAUGUUUCACUUUUAGAUACUAAAACGAGCAUGAAAUUCAACCCACUGGGCAAAAAAACGGGUUGAAUCCAAAUUGUUUCCACAUAAUUUCAACAAUACAUGUGAUGAUGUUGAUUCAACGUGGAAAAUGUAUUGGAUUUCGAUUGAAUGCAAAUAGUCCUAAAUGUGAGGGAAUUUCAUGUUUUUUUCAGCUAACUUUGAACCUAAAUCCAAAGUCAUAGUGACAUUUUUUGUUGAUUUCACAUUGAAUUCACGUUAGUUGACAACUCAACCAAAUGUACAUUUUUUUUUAAAUGAUGUUGAACUGACGUCUGUGCCCAGUGAGAAAUGAACAAAUCCCCCUAGGCCAUUUUACAAGAUAUAAACCUCAGUAACAGUUACACAUUUAAUUUGGGAAGUAUUUCAUCUGUUACCUGUCUUGAAAUCAGAUGGUGGAACUGCUCUGAUAGUUCUAUGCAUGUGGCAUACAACUAGGCACGCACUCUCCAAACAUAUUGAGGUGUGUGUCGGGAUCGGACUACACCCCUCACCGAAUGACCCCCGACACGUUGACCCGUAGCACUUCGCUAUGAAGCCUGCAGCCUUUCUGGCUUGGUCGAAGUGGCUGUGAGAGGGUUAAAUUAGCCCCUACACCCUCGAUCAUUUUCACUCCCUCAGCUUGUGGUACAAUGUGCAUAUGGCGCAGGUGCGCGUGGCCAGGAGCAAGGGGAAGGGAGUGAUUUGGGAUUCAGCCAAUGUCAUCAGAAGGCCCCUGAUUUGUCAUUUGACCCCAGCCUUCUUCAAAGACUGAAAUGAGGAUGCAUUGGUCUGGCUAGGAGCAGCAGUAUGAAAUGCGUAUAGAAAGAAAGCAAUUCAACCUCUAUAGACAUGCUCAAUAUACACACAUACGGAAAAAUGAUAGAGACAUACAGUGGUGAUUGGUUGAUUUGACAUUUUUCUCACCUUAUAUUUUUUCAUUUGAAACUUUUGACAUUUUUGAGAUCUCCUCAAGGUCGACCAAAGUUGAACUGGCUGGAAAGGAGAGCUUCUCUGACAUUUUGUUGGUAUUGUGUUUUGCUUUUCCACCAUGAAAGCAGGGAACAAAAUUCUCUACCAUGUUUUCACUUUAACACUACCUGUGGAGGUCUGGGCUGAUGGCCUUGCCAAAGGACUAGUGAAACGGCCUCACCCAGAUUCUGAGAAUAUAUAUAAAUAUGUAUAUCUCUAACUAAAUAUGAAUAUAUCUUCUGAAUAAAUCUUCAUAUUGAAGGUGACUUGUAUGAAUAUGUAUGCACAAAACUCUCUCUGCUUGCCUUUUUGGCAAAGAUGAUGUUUUUGUGGACUGGAUUGUGAUGGAGAUGGACUCAUAAUGUAGUUUCUCUACAGCGCCACCUAGCCCUCUGGAGGACAAAACAUAAAGACACCAUUUUGUUUCUUUCCCCAAUGCUGAGGGGUCAUCACAUGGACAAUCCUGAAUGAAUUUUGAGCUGGAAGCAAAUGUACAAAGGACCAUGUACAAAUGACUCUUUCUGUGGAUGUGUAUAAAACAACUAUAGGGAUAAAAAAAAGUAACAAAAUGUCCCUUCUCUGAAGAGCCCAUGUUAAAUGUAAGUGUAUUCAUGCCAUAUCUUGCUGGUGAGCACUUACUUGUACAGACUGUAUUUUUCUUUAUUUCCUCUUGUUUGUUGCUUGUGUUGGAGUGAUUGGAACCAUCAAGAAUGGGAAGGAGAGUGGAUAGUGUCUCGUCUGCUGGCCAAGGUCUACGAUAAUGGACACACAUAUAAACACACACACACACACACACACACACACACACACACACACAC